UGAAUGUGUAUAUAAUAACAACUAAUAGCAGGCAUCGUUACUUUACAUCUUCUUGUUUUUUUUUCUUGAUUUAAAGAAUGGGUUGCGUACAGUCUAUUGAAAAAGUCGAACAAGCAGUGAAAUUGAUAUCCAAAACAAACUUGGAUAAAAUCGGUAUUAUUAUCGUUGUAGCAUUACUCGCCUAUGUCAUCUUAAAUAUUGUACAAAAUGCGCUUUUUGGACCACUCCGUGAUGUCCCUGGGCCAUUCUUAACUAAAUUUAUCAAUAUUCCUUACUUUAUACUUGAUCUUCCUUUGGGCACAUACUACCAAAAACUAAAAUCUUUUCAUGAAACAUAUGGUGAUUUGGUUAGAUUAGGGCCGCGAACCAUUUCGAUUGCGGAUAAAACAAUGAUUCGACAGAUCCUUGUGCAUGAAGAUCUUCCAAAGAGUUCAGUGUAUGAAAUGCUUCAAAAAAAUAGAGGCAUGUCAUUAUUCAGUACCACAGAUAGUAAUUGGCAUAGACAAAGAAGAAGAAUUAUUUCACCUGCUUUUUCUAUCAAAUAUCUCAAAUCUUUAGAGACUUUUAUGACUUCAGCGGCAGUAUUAUUAGUAAACAAGAUUGAUCAUGAUAUUACAAAGAAUCAAGAUAGUGAUGGCUUUGGUAUCAUAGAUAUAUGGAGCUUGCUUCAAUGCCUUGCUAUCGAUGUCAUUGGAGAAGCUGCUUUUGGAGAAUCAUUUAAGAUGAUUCAAGACCCAACUCAUUUUGUUCCACCUGCUAUCAAGGAAGAAAUACAAUCUGGUGCCAUUAAUGCCAUGUACCCAUUGUUGGGAAAACUUAUUCUAAAGAAUAGUGGAGGAACCGAUCCAAAACUGACAAAUUUUAUGUCUACCAUCAUCCACAAUCGCUUAAAUAGCAAAGAAAAAAAGCGUGAGGAUAUUUUACAAAUCCUUAUUGAUGCGCAUAAAGACUACAAUGAAUGUUUGACUGUAGAGGCUAUUAUAUCCGAAACUGUUUUAUUCUUGAUAGCUGGUUCAGAAACAACAAGCAAUACUCUUGGUUUUGCUAUUUUCGAGCUCUUGAAUAAACCUGAAACGCUCAAGAGUCUCUACAGAGAAAUCGAUAAUAUCCCUCUCGAAAAAAACCAAACAGUGUUUAAUUAUGAACAAGUCAAAAACUUACCCUAUUUAAAUUCUGUUAUUAAUGAAACGAUGCGCAUUGAUUCCAUGGCUGCUGGUGGACUUGAGAGAACUACCAAAAAAACUGUUGUUUUAGGGAAUAGGCUGGCUCUUCCUGAAGGUGUCGAAAUUAUAUGCAACGUGUAUCAUGUACAAACAGAUGAAAAGCACUGGCCAGAUCCUUUUAAAUUCAAACCAGAAAGAUGGAUCAGUUAUGAAAACGAAGAAAAUAGCUUGGAUGCUUUCUUCCCUUUUAGUGCUGGCUCUAGGAACUGUGUUGGUAAGAACUUUGCACUACAAGAAAUGAAAAUCUCUUUGGCGACACUUUUAAAGUAUUUUGAAAUUGAGUCUAUUGAACAAGAAAUGAAAGAUGCUUUGAACCGUAGAGUUUUUAUUACUUUGGGAAUGGAAAAAAAUAGUUUCAAGAUCAAGAUGAAGCGAAAAUAAAACUGAAGAUUAUUGAUCCAAAAUGUGCUUGCAUCUUGAAUAAGCUAAAACCCCCCCUUUUUUUCCAUUUGAAGGCCCUCUUGAAACAACAAAAACUUUCUUGCCUUGAUAAAAUAGCGCUAGCAAUAAAAG